AUGGUUGAUGCAGAUGAAGGAGGUGAGUGUGAGGAAGAGGCCGAAAAGGGUGAGGACGAUGAAGAAGAGGCCAACGAAACAGUGCGAAAUAGAGGCCAGGAGGAGUAUGAUGGCCAGGGAGAGGAGGAGGAUUAUGAAGACGCUGAAGAAGAGGAGGAAGAGCAUGGAGAAGAAGAUGAAGAUGAAGACGAUGAUGAGGAUGACGAAGAUGAUGAGGAUGAUGAAGACGAAGACUCACCUUCCUCCAAACCUGUUAGACCCUCUUUUAUUGAUUGCCCAGAGGAUCAGGAAUUCUGCGAAGCACUUGAUAAAAUCUUAGCCGAAACCUUGAUGGUAGCAUCGGCAGGCUCCUCUAUCCGUGACACAAGUAGCCCUGGAAUACUAGCUAGUGCUAGCAGUGGCGGUAGUGGGGGUGGAGGUGGUUGUGUUGGUUCGACUAAUAGCAGUGGUCCUGUCUCAGCUGGCUUGAGUGGAUCCGGUGGAUCUGGUACAUCCGCUGUAGUCGCAUCAGGUACAGUAGCAGGCAUGAGCAAUGUGGCAGGAUCGACUGGCCUCUUGGGGCCUUCUGGGCUGGCCGUACUACCUAGUCCAAUGGCAGUUAGGAUUGCAGCCUCGAGGUCUCGAUCUAACCAGGUCGCCUUGUCUACUACAGCGGCGACAGCGGCUGCUGCCUCCGUUUCCACAAUCACUAUAUCAGAUGACGCAUUGUGCGCGGAUGGGAUGGACGGAUCUUCGAACUUGCUCCAGGAGACGUAUGAUAGCAAGCAAGGCAAAGAACCUUCUGAGGUGUGUUUCUACUUAGUAUUAUUCUUUGAUGCAAAGCUAUGUGAAAUUAUAUAG